ACUUGCGCUUGAUUACUAAUGGAUGGUGUUCCCAAGGCGAUGUUUAAAUGUAAUGGUUAUAUGCUUUCCCAUUUGGUUAUAUUUGUCCACCUAACUCUGAACGUUCUGUGGAAACUUCUUAAGAGUCUCCAGCUGUCUUUUUCUGAAUCUUCUUGGUUUUCCACUUCCUGCUUGAGUGGGACUUUGGGAAUAGAACCACAAGAGAAAGUUAUUUUGGGGGGAGAGAUUAAUAUGUAGUCUCACAGAGGCUACUAGCUGAUUGGGUGGUGCAGAAAAAUAUACUGUACGUCCAUAAAGAGAAAGACGCGGAAUGAAGAGCAAAGGUUUAUUUUCUUACCGUCGCUCCUUUUCGUUCCUUUAGAGUCUUUAUCACAGCUUGACAAAAUCACUUCAUUCAAAAUGUCAGCGAAGAAAAUGUCAUCAAGUCGUAAACAUCACCUCAAGGGUGUGAUGCUGGCCAUCGCUAAAGGUUACCUUGAGCAGGAGGCCCGUCAGCGUGAGGAGGAGCGGGUAGGCUACAUGGCUCAGUGCUGCCCUCCGCUGGUGCUGCCUAACACCAUGCAAGCCCUACAGGAGUUGUGCAGGGAGAUUCACCAAAAGAUCGACGCAGUGGAUGAGGAACGCUAUGACCUUGAGGUAAAGGUCAACAAGGCCAACAAGGAGAUUGAAGACCUCAAGAUCAAAGUCCAGGAUGUGACAGGCAAGUUUAAAAAGCCGACGCUGAAAAAGGUGCGCAUGUCAGCCGACGCUAUGUUGAAGGCGCUGUUGGGCUCCAAGCACACCGUCAAUAUGGAGCUCAGAGCCAACCUCAAGCAGGUCAAGAAGGAGGUCAAGGACGAGGACAAGGAGUUGCGCGAUGUCGUCGACUGGCGCAAGAACAUUGAGGACAAGUCGGGCAUGGAUGGCAGGAAGAAAAUGUUUGAGGGCGACGCCUAACAACACACACGAUUGGACGGCUUGCUCAACUUGGGCCUUCAUCAAAAAUAAUUUCAGCUAGUUUAUUGAACAGCACCAAAUAGUACAUGAUAAAAACAUCUCAUCAGUAAUUUGAGUUCUCAUAAUUUUAAAUGUCAUCGUUCCAGCAACAAUGUUCCCCUCUAAUUUUUCAUGUGUCUGAGCAGACACACAAGCUCCCUGAGCAAACUGAGGACCACUGUGAGCAACAUCAGAUGUGUACGCUGUGGCCACACACCAGUAUCACGCCUGUUCAAAACCUUGGAUCAUAGCAUGUUACAUGGUUUAUUAAAAGAAUGAAAAUACAGCAGCAAUUGUAUUAGUUUACUUUUAAUAUAAUUAAUUUGGCCCACUUAAAAUAAAAAAGACAAAAGUCUCAUUGUUCAUGAGAUGUGUACUAUGUUAUAUGUUAGAGUCCUGCUAUAACCAUGGGAAGAGUCCUGCUUUGGCCUGGAAAACGUCCAAUUGUGGCAUAGGUGAGUUAAAAAAAAAAAAGAAACAUAAUGAACAACCACAAUGGGAUCAAACUCCCCCAUUAAACCUGUUCAGACAAUAAGGACACUCAAGAUUCCGAUCCUCCUCAUUUAAGCAGCUAUACAGAACAGGUUAAAAAUAACAACAACAAAAAACAGAAAACAUCUCACUCAGUUUCACCGCUUGUUCUUCAAUUUGCACAUAAUGUACUCUGAGAGCCAUUCUACCUUAAAAGAACCUAAUUUCUUUUUACUUUGGCUUGAUGAGUAUAAUAUCGCUGCCAGUUCCUUUCGCCAUGAUAAGGGGUUAGCAUUUGCGUCUCAACUCCGCUGCACUGUUGUUGGCUAGCUAACCUGCAAGGGACAUAAGGGCUGCAUAGUGUAAGUGAAGUGAACUGUAUUCCAUUAUUGGCUAGACACCUGUUGCUCUUUGAGUUACGUUGCA